GCUUGAUACACAAGGCGGAUGAUAAAUCAGCCGCACUGGUUGAAUAUAAAAGAGAUGCCAACGAACGUAUGGUGAAUCAAGCUACAGAAUCGAAAGACACAACAAAGACCAGCAACUGAAAUCCACGUCCGCAAACCAAGACGACCUCUUCCGAGACCAUCUGUCCAUCGACAUUACAAGUAUUCUCUUCGCAACAUGUCCUACAACAAAGUCAUUUCUAGCAAAGUGAUCAAGACUGUCAAUGCAGGCGGCAAAGCAAUCCAAGUCAAGUAUGCUACCAAGACUUCCUCUUGGGAGCGUAGCUUCUUGGCGCAGGGCGUGCAAGACGAGUUUUGCGAGGCUGUAAAGAAGGCCCCUGACGUCCCUGCUAGUGCUGCUAUUGCGAUCUUAGCCGAAAAAGAGCAUCCAAGCGAAAGUGACAGCAAGUCUCACUUCACCACUGUCUUCGAAGACUCCAACGGCAACCAUAUCACGACCAAACAUGUUUAUCCUUAGAUCCACUCCUCAGGACCAGCGAGCUCUAGGAGAGAAUGGCAUGUCGAGCAGCAAGACACUCUUGACAAUAAGAGGAAGUUGAACGAUCUAGAGUCAGAAUUUGAGUUUUUUGGUUGAUGCCAUGAUAGAAAGCUGUUACAUAGAAGCGAAACAAGGAAAGACCUAGGGGCUGCCAUGACCAGAUAAGCUUGUUGAAAAGCCACCGCAAUGCUAUGCUUCAAUUUUGACACGCUGAACCUUGUACGCCAACUGUCACUCAAGACUUCUUAUCUUCGACCCAAUAACUAUCCUUGACAAUCUCUGACAUCGUUGCUCUCUUAGCUGGAUCGAGAUUGGUCAUCCUUAAGAUCAACCUCUUUGCUUCGUCCGUGAGGUUAGGAAACACGUCCUCUGUCCAAUCCGCGAAAUCUCCAUUCACGUCGUUCUCCUUCACUGCCUGCCAUAAAUCGGUUAGGAGCUCACCAGCCUUCGCAUCGUCGACAUGCUUUA